AUGUCGGAAUCAUCGGAAAAACUUCAGCCCCUGGGAGGUGACAAUCCGAUACGGGCAGUCUUGAAUACCGUGGUUUUCCGCCUCGUUUCAGGCUUUCGAUAUGCAGCUGACGGGGAGAACCCACCUUAUGGCAGUGGACAAGAUCACGGAAUGGCAGUUUCAUCGUCUUCUCGCAGCAUCGUGGCAUCUUUAGGGCCUGCAGAAAAAGGUGGAAAGAGGAAACAUGUCCAAAACGACGACUCAGACUCAGAAGAGGACGCGACCGAUCCAAGACCUUCCAAAAGGUCUAAGAAAACGUCACAGCCCAUCAAGCUUCUGGCCUGUCCAUUUGGAAAGAUGAGCCCCAGCAAAUAUUUCGUCUGUUCACGAUUCCAGCUCAAACGAAUCCGGGACGUCAAGCAGCACCUGAAGAGAAAGCACACCCCCGACGAUUAUUGCAACCGCUGCCUGAGAAUCUUCGAUGACGAAGAAAGCCUCACGCAGCACGUGUCGCAACCAGACGGGUUCGGUUGCCAACUCGCGCCUGAGGGGAGAACGCUGGAUGGAAUUACCCAUAGACGAAGCCGCGAUCUCUCUAGAAAGGCAAACGCGGAGUUGUCGGAAGAACAACAAUGGUUCGCAAUCUGGGAUAUCGUUUUCCCCCAGAAGCCACGCCCUGAAUCCGCUUACCUAGAUUCCGCUUUUGCUAUGCAAGUUUGCCUAUUUCGGGAGCAUUGUGCGCGACACGCGGAGCCGCUCCUUGUCCAGAAUCUUCGUGCUGCUGGACUGUUAGAUGAAGGCAGGGUGGCCGCCGACCAGGGGCAGCUCUUAAGGAGAGUUAUUUCAGAGUCUUUGGAUUCCUUCUGCGAUACUUUCAGCACGAAUGGCUCUUCGGACUCAGGAAUAGGUCGAAACCGCAAUUUAACACGCAAUGAGACACCCGCUGCGUCAUUGGUAGACAGCGGUAUUGGGAUAGGAAGUCACUUCCAACCAAGGACAGCUCCAUUCGCAACUGCAUCCGUUUCAAAGCAAAACAUCCGCCCAGUACCUACGGAUGUUCCAGCGGAUUUUCAAACACUAGGGUCAGAAGAGCGGGCAAUGUUUGGCUCACAAUCUUUUGCCAGUUUACAUCAACCGGGAGCCUUGGGCCAGUCCUUUACAGCGGAUUUCCCUCUUGAUCGCGAUUUACCAAGCGUGGAACAUAGGCCUGAUGGAUUUGGAAUGUUUGGCUACAACUUAUCAACGGUUUUGCCUCCCCUCGAACUUUCCUCGUGGCCCUUCCUACAGACAGAACUUAUCCCGCACGAAGAGGGUGCUGAAAACGCCGUAUAA